AUGUCAGCAGCCCUGGAUGAGUUCUGCGGCUCUCUCUUUUGGAAUGCCUCCUACCUUGAUCGCCCAGAUGCCGACCUGCCCGUGUGUUUCCAGCAGACCGUGCUGGUCUGGAUCCCCCUUGCCUUUUUGUGGAUUUUGGGUCCAUGGAAGGUCCUGCCCAUGUGUAAAUCCAGAGAGAAGAAAUCGUCCAUGACCAAACUUUACAUCAUUAAACAGGUGCUGACUACCUUGCUGAUGCUGACAGCAGUGGCGGAGCUGGUCCUGGCGGUUGUAGAGGGAGCAGAGCAGGACCCCCUGCCAGCUGUGCAGUACACAAACCCCAGCCUGUACAUCGCCACCUGGCUCCUGGUCCUGCUGAUCCAUGAUGCGCGACGCUUCUGCUUGUGCAGAGACUCGGGGAUACUUUUCUGCUUCUGGGUGCUGUCCCUGCUCUGUGGUAUAUUGCCGUUCCAGUCACUCCUCCGGAGAGCCCUGCAGGCACCAAUCUCCGACGUGCCACGGUUUGUCCUUUUCUUCAUCUCCUAUGGGCUCCAGCUGCUGCUCUUCCUUGUCUCCGGCUUCUCAGACAUUGCCCCAGAAGCAAAGGAAAUCAGGAAGAAGAACCCAGAGGUGACGGCCUCCUUCCUGAGCUCCAUCACCUUUGAAUGGUACACUAGCACCAUUUUCAAGGGCUAUCGGAAGCCCUUGGAGAUAGAGGAUAUCUGGGAAUUGAAAGCUAAAGACAAGACACAGUCUAUUUGUGCUGUUUUUGAGAAGAACAUGAAGACUGAGGUGAGGAAGGCACAAGCAGAGCUGGAGAAACGGAAACGCAAGAAAAGACUCCGGGAAGGUGACUCGGACCAUGCGAACAACAUAAGCAAGGCCCAGAGCCAAGACGUCCUGGUGCUGGAGAAACAGCCAAAGAAGAAGAAGAAGAAGGAUGACAAAGGGGACUCGAGCCCUUGCAAGGAUUAUCCCAGGGGCUGGCUGUUGAAAACCCUGUGCAAGACCUUCUGGCAGAACCUCCUGCUGUCGGUGGCUUUCAAGGUGGUGCAUGAUGUAAUUGUGUUUAUCAGCCCCCAGCUGCUCAAGCUGCUGGUUGCCUUUGUGUCGGAUGAGGAGUCCUUUGCCUGGCAGGGCUAUGUGUAUGCCAUCCUGCUUUUCCUGGUGGCACUGAUCCAAUCCCUCUGCCUGCAGCAGUACUUCAACUUAUGCUUCCAGCUUGGCAUACAAGUGCGUGCCAGUCUCAUUGCUGCCAUCUACAAGAAGUCACUCACCAUGUCUGGUGCCACCCGCAAGGAGUCUACAGUGGGAGAGACUGUGAAUCUGAUGUCAGCUGAUGCCCAGAGGUUCAUGGACAUGGCCAACUUUGUUCACCAGCUGUGGUCAUCCCCCCUGCAAAUCAUCCUGUCCAUUGUCUUCCUAUGGGGAGAACUGGGCCCCUCUGUCCUGGCUGGCCUCGUGGUCAUGGUGCUGCUCAUCCCCAUAAAUGGGUUCCUGGUUGCCAAGUCCAGAACCAUCCAGGUGAGGAACAUGAAGAACAAGGAUGAACGAAUGAAAAUAAUGAGUGAAAUCCUCAAUGGAAUCAAGAUCCUGAAGCUUUUUGCCUGGGAGCCCUCAUUUGAGAAGCGAGUCAAUGAUAUCCGGGCACGUGAGCUCAAGCACUUGUUGAAGUUCAGUUACCUGCAGGCAGUCUCCGUGUUUGUCUUCACCUCUGCCCCCUUCCUGGUCUCCUUGGUCAGCUUUGCUGUCUAUGUGCUAGUGGAUGAGAACAACAUUCUGGAUGCACAGAAGGCCUUUACUGCCAUCUCCCUUUUCAACGUGCUGCGCUUCCCCAUGACCAUGCUGCCUUUGGUUCUCUCUUCCGUGGUGCAGACCAAAGUGGCGAAUGCGAGGCUGGAGCGUUACCUGGGCAGAGAAGACCUGGACACCUCAGCCAUCCACCACAGCCCCAUUGAAGGCAGCGCCGUGCGUUUCUCGGAGGCCACCUUUGCCUGGGAGCAGGAUGGGGGCGCCGCGAUAAGAGAUGUCAACCUGAACAUCACACCUGGGAGCCUUGUGGCAGUGGUAGGAGCUGUGGGCUCAGGCAAGUCUUCGCUGGUGUCAGCCAUGCUUGGGGAGAUGGAGCAUAUCAAGGGACACAUCAACAUCCAGGGCUCCCUAGCUUAUGUCCCGCAGCAAGCCUGGAUCCAGAAUGCCACACUGAAGGACAAUAUCCUUUUUGGGUCAGAACUGGAUGAAGCCAGGUAUCAGCAGGUCAUCAAAGCCUGUGCCCUCCUUCCAGACCUGAAACUGCUGCCUGCGGGUGACCAGACAGAAAUUGGGGAGAAGGGCAUUAACCUCAGUGGGGGCCAGAAGCAGCGAGUCAGCCUGGCCCGGGCAGUGUACAGCAAUGCAGACAUCUAUGUCCUGGAUGACCCAUUGUCUGCUGUGGACGCUCACGUUGGCAAGUACCUCUUUGAGCACGUGCUGGGGCCAAAAGGGCUGCUGCAAAAGAAGACACGGAUCUUGGUGACGCACAGUAUCAGUUUCCUGCCCCAGGCUGAUAACAUUGUGGUGAUGGUGGCAGGAGCAGUGUCUGAGCAAGGCUCCUAUGGCACCCUGCUUGUGAACAGGGGGGCCUUUGCCCAGUUUCUGAACUUGUAUGGCAGCCAGGAGGAAGACGCUUCAGAGAGAAACACCACAGUUGGGGAUGAAGAGCAGGAUGAUGAAGGUAUUGAGCCUUGUGUGGAAGAGGGCCCUGAUGAUGUGGUGACCAUGACCCUGAAGCGAGAAGCCAGCAUCCAUCGGAAGGAGUUCAAGUAAGACCCAUCCAACACCUAAUGGUGCCCAUCACCUCCCUGCAGCAUUAGUAAAAGCAGCACGAAUUCCUGGAAGAAGGCCCAGGAGGAGCCCCCCAAGAUGGUGAAGGGCCAGAAACUGAUUGAGAAAGAAGCUGUGGAAACUGGCAAGGUGAAGCUCUCCAUGUACCUGCGGUACCUGCGUGCUGUUGGCUUGUGGUAUUCUUUCUGGGUUGCCAUGGGCUAUGUUGGGCAGUACGUCGCCUACGUGGGUACCAACCUGUGGCUCAGCGCCUGGACGGACGAUGCACAACGCUACCUGAACCAGACCUAUCCCGUGGAGCAGCGAGACCUGCGGAUCGGUGUCUUUGGUGUGCUGGGGGUGUCACAAGCUCUCUUCCUGCUCUUUGCAACCAUCCUGUCUGCCUAUGGUGCCACGCGAGCCUCCCGGGUGAUGCACCAGCAACUGCUCAGCAACAUCCUGCGUGCGCCCAUGAGCUUCUUUGACACAACUCCGACAGGCCGCAUUGUGAAUAGGUUUGCCAAGGACAUCUUUACAAUAGAUGAGACUAUCCCCAUGUCCUUCCGCAGCUGGCUCUCCUGUCUUAUGGGCAUCAUUAGCACACUGCUCAUGAUCACCUUGGCCACCCCAUUCUUUGCUGUCAUUAUCAUUCCCUUGAGCAUCUUCUACUAUUUUGUGCUGCGCUUCUAUGUCUCCACGUCACGCCAGCUACGGCGCCUGGACUCUGUCACCAGGUCUCCCAUCUACUCCCACUUUGGUGAGACAGUGUCAGGUCUUUCCGUGAUCCGGGCUUAUGGACACCAAGAACGGUUCCUGCAGCAAAAUGAGAUCAUUAUGGACAUAAACCAGAAAAGUGUUUACUCCUGGAUAAUCUCAAAUAGGUGGCUGGCCAUCCGUCUGGAGUUUGUUGGGAGCCUUGUGGUCUUCUUCUCCGCACUUCUAGCCGUGAUCUCAAAGAGCACUUUGGAGAGUGGCAUUGUGGGUCUGUCUGUCUCCUCUGCCCUCAAUGUGACCCAGACACUGAACUGGCUGGUGCGGACGUCUUCGGAGCUUGAGACGAACAUUGUGGCUGUGGAGCGGGUACAUGAGUACACGAAGGUGAAGAACGAGGCUCCGUGGGUGACAGAAAACCGUCCACCCCAUGGCUGGCCCAGCAAAGGGGAGAUCCGGUUCAUUGACUACAAAGUUCGGUACCGACCUGAACUGGAGCUGGUUCUUCAGGGGAUCACCUGCAACAUUGGGAGCACUGAGAAGGUUGGGGUUGUGGGCCGGACUGGGGCUGGAAAAUCCUCCCUCACCAACUGCCUCUUCCGGGUGCUGGAGGCUGCUGGCGGGAUGAUCCUCAUUGACGAGGUGGAUAUAGCGACGAUUGGCCUUCAUGACCUGCGCAAAAACCUCACCAUCAUCCCCCAGGACCCCGUGCUCUUCACUGGCACUCUGAGGAUGAAUCUGGACCCCUUUGACCAGUACACAGACGAGGAGGUCUGGAAGGCCCUCGAGCUGGCCCACCUGAAGACAUAUGUGCAAGACCUUCCCGGGGGGCUGCUCUAUGUUGUGAGCGAGGGAGGGGAGAACCUGAGUGUGGGGCAGAGGCAGCUGGUGUGCCUGGCCCGGGCCCUUCUCCGCAAAGCCAAAAUCCUCAUCCUGGAUGAAGCAACAGCAGCUGUAGAUCUGGAAACUGAUCAUUUAAUCCAGACAACGAUCCGGAGCGAGUUUGCUGACUGCACUGUCCUUACUAUUGCCCACCGCCUCCACACCAUCAUGGACAGCAACAGGGUGAUGGUGCUGCAGGCUGGGAGGAUUGUGGAAUUCGACAUACCCGAGGAGCUGCUCAGGAAGCAGGGAGUGUUCUCCUUGAUGGCAAAGGACGCCGGCAUCACAAGCACAGAAACCACCAUGCUGUAGGUGGAGCGAGCAGCGUGCAGCGUGCACACGGGCAGCUCGUUCCUGCUGGCACUCACCAGGCAGGCACCGGCAUCUCCUGGCAGCAGG